CGCUGCUGUUCCGCGAGCUCCGCCACAGCAGAUGGACAUCUCGCGCUCUCCUCCUCCUCCUCCUCGUCCUCGUCCUGGAUGCACGCGCCCCAGCGAUUGUUUCCAGCGGCAGGAGGGCGAGCGAGUUGACCGAGGAGUUUACCGUUAACGGAGAGUUCCGCCGUCACGGGGAAGAAGAGCGGAGACGGGAGGAGGAGCUGGAAGAGGAGAACCGGAGAGCCGCCUUCGCUGGGUUUGCUGUCUCUGGUGACUCAACGAGAUCACACAGUCUUCACUACGCUCCUCUCAUGCUGACUGAGAAUGGAUGAUCCAGAGUACGGGGUUCAGAUUGGAGAGAACAAGUUCAUCAGGAAGGCAACAGUCCUCUCACAUCUGAAGACGUACAACCUCUACUAUGAAGGACAGAAUCUGCAGCUCAGACACAGAGAGGAAGAAGGGGAGCUGAUCGUCGAGGGCUUGCUGAAUAUAUUUUGGGGUCUGCGGCGACCUAUCAGGCUCCAAAUGCAGGAUGACCACGAACGAAUCCGGCCGCCCCCCUCCUCUACAUCCUGGCACUCGGGUUGCAAUCUGGACAGUCAAGGUUCACCCAACAGCACAGAUGGUCAACAGACGACACAGCAGAACCCGCCCACAGUGGAAGUGACGCCACCUGACAUCCAACCAGAGGACGCCGAUGUGAUGGAUGAACAGGGAGAAGAGGACAGUGAGAGCUCUGCUCAGCUGCUCAGGACGAAGAGCGAUGCUGGCGUCUUGAGACGGGGCCAGCGGCGGUCACCGAGUGACCAGAGGAAAAUCAGACGCCAUCGCUUCUCCAUCAACGGACACUUCUACAACCAUAAGACGUCAGUGUUCACCCCUGCUUUCGGCUCAGUCACUAAUGUCCGGAUCAACAGCUGCAUGAGGACACCUCAGGUGCUCCGAGUUCUCCUCAAUAAGUUCAAAAUUGAAAACAGCCCAGACGAUUUUGCGCUCUACCUCGUCCAUACAAGUGGAGAGCGCGUGAAGCUGAAGCGAAGCGACUAUCCUCUGGUGCUGAGAAUAAUGCAGGGCCCGUGUGAGCAGGUCUGCAAGGUUUUCCUCAUGGAGGAAGACCUCGUAGAAGAAGUCACAUACGAUGUGGCGCAGUAUAUCAAGUUUGAAAUGCCUGUCCUGCAGAGUUUCAUCACCAAACUGAAGGAGGAGGAGGACAGAGAGGUGCUGAAACUCAGGAGAAGGUAUACGUGCCUGCGCUGUAUAAUUGAGAAGCAGCUCAGUUGUCUUCCAGAGGGAGCAACAUGUAUGUGAUCUGCUUGUCGAAAUGUCUUAAGUACCACAUCCUCCUACCAGCUGAGACGGAGACACUGACCAAGGAUCAGCUGACAGGAACCCUAAUGUAUGUGUUUCAGCGAUUGUCCUGCUCCUCCUGAACUCCUGUGUCUGCAUGGGGCCUUUUUUUUUUUUUUUUUUUUUUUUUUUUCAAAUCAUCCAACCAAUCAACCCUACAGACCAAACUUUGACAUGCUGUAUUGUGUGCAUGUUACGUGGGACCAUCUCAGCAGACGUCUUCAGACCCAAUCACCUUUUCUCCUGGUCUUCACGUACAGCACAAACAGAAAGACAUUCCAGUGCAGAAUGAGCCAACAAUGAGACGUCUUGUCCGCUGUCUCUACCCUUCAGAUUGCCAGCUGAUACCCAAAACCAAUUUAAAGCACAAACAUCAUAUAAUAUGAUCUUAAUUAAGUGCCUGUUUAAAGGUUUCUCCAAGCACAAAUACACACACGUCGCUCCUGUGUUUGAAGUUAUUGCCCUGCAGAAAAUUCUUCAAAAAUUCUGUUUUAAACUGGCAAAGGACAUCAGACCACACAGUCAUGCUCUGAAAAGCUGCGUGCCUUUUAAUGUUCCUCGCUGUUUGAGAUCUUUUUUAAAUAUUGUGAUAGAAGGAAUUCAAUUGACCCUCUCAAUGUUAUCUCAGCUGAGAAGUUCACCACAGGGAUUACUGAAGGUUGUCUGAGCAGAUAAUCUGUUUGUGUUGGUGGUCUGACGGAGACGACUGUUGAGGUUAAAGGAAUAGUUUGACAUUUGGGGAAACAUUUUCUCGCAGAGAGUAAGAUGUUUGUUGUGUAUUUGUACAACAGCAGCUGGUUAGCUUAGUUUAGCACAAAGACCGGUAACAGCUAGCUAUGCAAAAUCCGUUUACCAGCACCACUAAAGUUCACAUAUUAACAUGUUAUAUCUCAUUUGUUUUAAUCUCUUCAAAAACCAAAGUGUGUCUUUUUACACCUUGGUUUUUGGGUAGACGGAACAAAUAACUUGUUAGUGAGCUUCAAAGUUCCUGGUGGGUAGAUUUUGUUAUCUUUGGACAGAGUCAGGCUAGCUAGCUACCAGUAUUUGUGCUAAGCUAAGCUAAUCAGCUGCUUUAUAGCUUUAUUCUAAUUUAUGGUAUUAAGCCACUCAUCAAGCUCUCGUCAAGAAAUCUUAUAAGCUUAUUCCCUGAAAACUAUUCCUGUGAAGAAACAAGAUCCGUCCUGUAACAAGACUUUACGGGUUUUCUUGUGCAUCGUCCUCACUUGUGUUCCUGCCUUAUGUAACAUGACAAGAUGAUGUCAUGUUGAGAUUUUAACAAGCACAGUAAACACUGUUUAUGUACGAACAAAUUUCAACAUCAUUCUUCGCACGAUGACACCUGGUAGGCAUUGGACUCUGGACUGGCUUUUCUUUUUUCUUUUUUUUUUUACAUCCAACAGAGAAUGUCAGAAGUGAAAUCCCACAAGACUGUGAAUUAUGCCGACUGUCUUUGUUAGAAGAAUGUAAAUGAUGAGAAGUAUGAAUGAGCAUUUCAAAGCAGCACAGUUUGCUUCGCUUUUGUCCGCCUGUCCGCUCGACAUCUCCCAACAUCGUUGUUCAAAAUCUCGCCGUACAGUUCAAAGUGUGAGAUUGAGAGUGUGCAUGUUAUAUUUUUAGUGACUCUUUAAGACUUGCCUGCUUUUGUAUUCUGUCUUUUACAAAAUAAUGAUCUUUAAAGAUGUUGAGAACUCAUGCUAUGACUUGGAAAAUGUAGGGUUUUUUUGGUACAAUGAUUGUUAUUUAAUUAAAAAAAUGUCCUCUUGUAUAUACAGCGGGUAAAAUAAGUAUUGAACACGU